UAGAGGACAGAAUUCACGUUAUUAAAUAGAACGGUGCAAUAAAACAGUAGUUACAACUCGGUGUCAGGUUGCUAUUAUCCCUGUCAGUAUGGAUGUUUGUUUUAUUGUCUUACCACUGAUGUCUGUACUGGAUUUAUACGGGUUUUCCCUGUCUGAAAGUUGCUAAACCACGUUAUCGACUAUAUGGUUAAAGUUCACCUGCUAACAGCAUGGAGCUAAAGGACAUAGAGAAGUGUUGCUGUGUUGUCAAUCUGUUUGAGGCAUUUUCAGCAAAGAAACAUGUGAGCUGCAGCGGAGUUAUCGUCCAUCCUCAAAGUGGAUUAAUAAUAUGCACCGGCGUCCCGUUUUCCCGUUUUGCCACCGACAAAGAGCCCCUCUCCGCGGACCACAGGUUCCUGCCACCGCACAGCUUCAGUGAAAAUCUGAAAAUCCGCGUCAGCUUUUCCACUGAGCGAAAUCUGGACUCCAGCCAUUCUGCACAGGGAGAAGCGUCCUCCUCACCCCCCAGGAGCAAAGCAACACUUCAACGGGAAGUUGCUGCAGAGUUGCUGAUGCUGGUGAACUGCCUGGAGUUCAAUCAGGCUUUCCAGGCAGUUUUCCAAGAUGCUGACCAGUGGCGUUUCCAUUGUGAUGAUGAAGAGGAUGAGGGGCUGAUAAGAGAUGCUCACUUCCUCAGCUGGUUCGCUGUGCUAAAGGCAAGUGAUGUGGCAGAAUGCAGCCCAAAUGCAGGGGCUAUACCCUGGCAGAGCAGCUCAUCCCUCCAUAAAGGAUGCCCUGUUGUUGCAUGUGGCUCACCCUUUGGCUCCCUCUGCGUGGAUCUCUUCAUCAGCACCCUCAGCAGAGGAAUCAUCAGCAACCUGGCCGGAGAGGACAACGCCAUCAUCCUCACAGACGCCCGGUGCUUGCCAGGCACAGAGGGUGGAGGGUUGUUUGCGGUGAAAGGCAAAGACAAUGUGCGUCUCCUUGGACUGAUUGUGUCUCCAUUUGGUUGGAAGGCGAACGAGUGGAUCGGCCUCACUCUGGUCUGCUCCGUCCACCUGAUCUUCAGGAACAUCAUCCGCUGCAUGACAGUUCAAGAUCCGCUCAGAGAUGUUUGGCUCCAUCCAGGAGAGGAAGGCGUGAUAAUGUCAAAUGCCGCCCAUGAGUCGAAAGCUGUUAAAUGCCCCACUGUGUGCUUUGUGGAGAGUGGACAGGUCUGGGGCUCGGGGGUCGUUGUCGCCCCUCAGCUGGUUGUGACCUGCCGCCAUGUUGUCAACGGGAGGUCAAAGGUCACGCUGAAGUUCCAUAACAGGGAAAGAGUCCAUGAUGUUAUAGGUGAUGUGCUGUUUUCCACUAAAGCCUCUUCACCCUAUGAUCUGGCUCUGGUGCAGAUGAGGGACCCUGCCACAGGGGCUGUGGUCCCGACAAUGGCUCAGAGUUACAAUCCGGGUGAGUCUGUGGUUGUAGUGGGAUACGGGGGCCUGGGUCGGAGAUGUGGUCCGUCCCUGACCUGUGGUGUCCUCUCCAAAACCAUCAGCCUGAACGAGCAGCCGGUCAUGCUUCAGACCACUUGUGCAGUACAAGCAGGGACCAGCGGGGGGGCUGUGGUGCGGGCACGCUCAGGGGAGCUGCUGGGUAUCGUUUCCAGCAACACGAGGGACUUGGCUGCGAAAGUGACCUACCCCCACCUCAACUUUAGCAUCCCAGUGACAGUUUUCCAGACAGUGUUGCAGAACUUUCACGAGACAAAGGAUCUUAAUGUGUUUAAUGUGUUGGACAACUCAGAAAAAGAAGUUGAAACAGUGUGGAGACUACAGGGUGCACAAAGCAAACUAUAACAGAGGAGCCCUGCACUUUAAUAUAUUAAACCGAGAUGGAUUAUUUGCAAUAUUAGAUCAUGUUAAUAUUAUGUGACAUUUUUAAACAAAACUGGUAUUUUCUAAUUUAUUACCAAACCUCCAUGUGUUAUUAAAACAGGCAUAGAUCUAAAGGAGUUCAUUUAAAUAAAACAAGAAUCAUUCAUUACUAAUGUUGAUACGAUCACCCAGAAUUAUGCAGUUACCUGUGAAAUAUUUAGAAUGCUAUUAGCCAGUUGAGGUUACUUUAAUAUCUGCUGAUAUUGUUUUAUUGUACUGAAAUGUAAUUAUAUUAAUAAAAUAUUUUAUUCUGGUAACAA